GAACCGCAAAACUUGCGAAAUUGAAAAUUCUUGUGCGUUGGCGUGAAAAAACUAAAUCAAGAUGAAAAUGCGCUAUAAAAUGUCCUGCUGGCAGCAGAUCUUAACAAUUUUGGGGACUUCCUCGAUCCCGGAUUCAGAAUGGGCCGAAAUUUUCGCUGCUUUUCUGGAUACUUGGGACAAUCCGUAUCACAUUCAGACCAGCACUGAUCCAAACAUACCGAUAAGGACCGAAUACCUGGUUCGACCUAGCAAAGCUUUUCUGGAAUCCCUUUCUAAAGGGUGCGCAAAAGGCCCGAAGACUGCAGAGUUCCUUGAACCGACUAGUUCUAGCGUCCAUUCUUCUCGCCCUAGAACUUCCACUCCUAGCAAGCGUCGCGAUACCAUAUCGCAUUCACUUCCUCGUAAAGCCCCUAGUUCAGGCAAGCGUCGUGAUACCAUUGCGUAUUCAGUUUCUGAUGCUUCUGCCAAUGAGCGAAGGUCUUUAAGUCUGUCCACUGCUAAUUCUCAGCUAAAAAGUCCUCAUGAGUCCGAAUAUGCUAAGAUCUGGAAUCAGCGCAAAAGCGGAGAAUCGACCAAAGUUUAUUCCAAAAAGACGAAAGAUUCAUCUGCAUCGACAGAUGAUAUAGUCCUUAAUCCCAUAAAACGCCGAGAAUCACGUGCUAGUGUUUCCACAGCUAUUUCCAUUAAGCGCGAUGAGUCGUGUUCCUCGUCAGAUGAUCUUAACUUGAGUUCCUUAAAGCGCCAAGAUACCUCUACCUCGCAAGUUGCUCCUACUUCGAGUACGCACAAAAGUCGCAAAUCACGUUCUAGUGCUUUCACUGCAAUGUCCACCAAGCGUAGUGAUUCAUGCUCCUCGUCCGAUGAUCCCAUCUUUGGUUCCCUUAAGCGCCAACCCACAUUUGCCUUGCCAAAGACUUCUGGUUUCAAUCCCAUCAAGAAGCGGGACUCAUGCGAUCUUCCAGAUGAUGUCGUUAUGAAUCCCAUUAAGCCUAGAGAUACUAGUGUUUCCAAGUCAUCUCAGCGCGGAAAAUCACGUCUUACCACUGAAGAACCCAAAGCUUCUUCGGUCCGUUCCAUAAAACGUCGAAAUACGUGUGUUUCCACACAUACUCCACAAAACACAACUUUUAAUUUGACAAGAAGACGUGAUACAGUGGCCAAUCCUAUCAAGAUCACUCAGGAGCCCACGAAUUCCUUCCAAAAUGGAUGUGACCAAUCAAGCGACGAAUGCGACGACCAGCUGCCGCUCUCCAAAUGGUUGAUUAACAAGAAAAUCAAACAACAAAAAUCUGCAACCGUUGCCGCCUCUAUUCAAAAGCAGCAGACUGCUCAAGAUUGCAGUGCUCCACCACCGCAAGUAAAGCGCAAAAGAGGACGCCCCUCUUUGCAAGAGAAGGCUCUCCAGCAGGCCAGGUUGGAGGCGGAGCUGAAGAAUUCACAGCAGCCUUCGGAGCCAUCAUCCAAGUUUUCUUUGAUCGAGCAAAAAAAGCUUUCGACGGAGCAAAAGACCAAGAAGCAGCAGACCAGGCCGGAGGCGGAGCUCAGGGAAGCACAGGAGCCAGCACUGAAAUCCACUUUGAUCGAGCAGAAUAAGCAUUCGGCAGAGCGGCCAAAAAUAACACCAAACAAGCAGAAGCACCAGACUAAGCCACUGCAGAAAGCUGCACAAAAGCAGCUGAAGGAGAUACAGAAGAGGGUUAAAGCGUCACCGCCGAAAAAAACUAGCCCACAUAAAUUGUUUAAUACUCCGCAGUCACUGGUCAAGCCAACAACUCAUAGCGAGAUAUUUCAACAGCCACAGAAUUUGUCCAAAUCAUCGAGAAAGAAGGAGCCAUCAAAAUCUCGCCUCCAAGUGAUCGGGCCAAUCUCACCGCACCACAAGAAAAGGACCAUGUCGAACAUAAACGCCAAAACACCGUUGAUGCCAGGCCACAUGCCACCGACAGGGAUCAACUUGAAACGCACAGAGGUCGGUGGAUCCGCGGAGAAGGAUGCGGACCAAAAGAAUACUCUUUCCAGGGGUCAGCCGAUUAGGAGGGCCACCCAUCUCUACGAGCAUAACUACAACAUGGCUGUCGAAGACGGUAGCCAUCGGGGACAACCGGUGUAUGCGUCCAACAAGAUGGACGAGGAUCAGCUAGAGGACGACGACAUGGUUCUAACCAGUCCCGUGGGCGGCGGCGAGGCCGACGGGGGUGGUAACCAGUCAAUAGGCGAUGGUGAGUCUGACUUGUUUGACACACCGAUUGAGAUGUUCCGUGAGGUGGAGGAGAUCGAUCGCUGUCUGGAGAAUUUCAUCAAUAAAACGCCCAGCGAAAUUGAUAGUCAGCUGGCCCACACCACAGAGUUCUUCGAGAAGCUGCCAAGUCCGCCAACGGUAGAGGAAAAUAAAGCCGAAUUGACGGGCAUCUAUAUGGGCGAGAAAGAAGAAUUGGACUACGAAGAUGACGACGACGAUGUGCUCUCGGUGGCUACUUCCUGGGAUGGGCUCGACGAUGAGUCUCCACCUGAGCCAAAACCAGUUGAGAAAUUGCAAACUGUUGAACAGAAACCCGAACCCUCAUCGAAGUCCCCAAAAGAGCCACCAAAGAGAAUUGUCGCCGCAGAAACUCCAAUAGUGCAAAGUGUAAAAACAUUUCGUAUUCCAAAAUUAAGCCCAGAGGAAUUGAAGACACAGCCCUCUGUGAUGCGGUCCCUCUACGAGCGGCAGGAGAUUGAUAAUAAAGAAAAGCCAUCGACCAAGCGUGUUCCACCGCUACAGGUGGAUCCUCCUCAGGCGGCAUCCGCUCGCCAGCAACGCGCAGAGGCAACCGCUGCUCGACGGGUCAAAGAACCAUUGCCUGUUUUUGCUCCACCCUAUCGAGUACCUCCGGAGUCGACGGUUCCGGUGGUCAAUGCCAACAGCAAGAUGUUCAUCCCCCAGCUACCCGUUGCCCAGUCCCCGCCGAAGGGCAAUAUUAGGAUGGUAGAGGUGUUUGGGGUCAAGUGCAUGCAGUCUCUGGACAACAGGUGCAGCUCGUUCAACUGCGAUCAUACGUUGAACAGUUUGGGUGAGGUACAGAGGCGUCUGGUCAAAAUGGAUGAGGAAACUUUGGUGAGCACCUAUCGCCUGAUGCUGCGCAGCUUCUUCAUUUUCCAGACCUACUUUACCUCGUUUGUGGAAAUUUUCGAACAUCGCCAACUCCGUCAGCAGCUGCUUUAUAUGGUGAGCGACUGCCGCUUCUACAAAGACAUCUCUGCUCCUUUGCUGGCCCACGUCUAUAGCGUCCUGCAAAAAUGCGGGAUGCAGGAAGAGGCCGUAGCUUGCAUAAUGGAGCACUUGUGGGUGCCAUGCAAGGCACAUAAGUUUCAAGAUAUGACGUUCAUGGUGUUACGUAUUUUGUCCAACGGCAACUGGGAGAAUUAUUACGAUAAGCUAGCGGAACUCAAGAAGGUUUAUAAAUUUGAGAUACCGAUAGAAAACUUGAAAGUCAUACUCAAAUCGUCUGAGGACCAUGCAGAAAAAUUUAUGAAAGCCCUCAGUUUGAUAACCAUGCAUGAAAAAACCACUUGCCACGAUGCAACAAUUAUUUCGAUCCUAAGAAACAAAAGUGUGGGCGCAAUGCAGCGACAGCCAGUGGCAGAUUCCUGUCCUCCCUCGUUUGUUCCACCACAUGCUGCUGGUCAGCAGUGUCCACCAUUUAGGGGCCAUCCCGUAUUGCCAAAUUUUAGAGAACAACAUCCGCCAAUAACCGCCCAUAACUUUAAUGAAAACAAUGGAUUUCAUUACCCAAAUCACUUUUCUAACAAUUUAAUUAAACAAUGCAAACGAAUGUAAUUAUCAAUGAAUUGAUCUGCGAAUCGAUUAAUACUUUUUGUUUUGACAUUUAGCAGUAAAUGCAUAUUCACUCACUUAGCCUAAGAAUGAAAGUACCAUGUUUAUUUCUAAUUCUUUUUUUACAAAAAUGGUUGUAUUAUUGAAAUGAUUAAUAAAUGAAGUGUCAUACUUCUUUCAACGCUA